CUGAAUGGUUAAGUAUUAUACAGAGUCUGAAUGGUUAAGACCUCUUAUCUGAAUUGAUCAGACAUUUGCCUCUGAAUAGUUAAGCAAUAUACUAGCUCUUAAUGGUUCAGACCUCUUACUGGUUCAGCACUUAAUGGUUCAGACCUCUUACUGGUUCAACACUUACCGAUUCAGAAGUUGCCAAACAGCCCCUAAGACGCUCCGGAAACCGCCGGCGGGUCGGAGCGUUUUCCGGCCAACUCCGGCGAAAUUGACGGCGGGCACCAACUCCAAUGCGGUCGUGGCAUCCGGGCGACCUCCAAGGACCCUUCAAUUGCAAGAUUUGAUGACGAUUUGCAAAACCCCCAAUUUUGGACUCAAUUUCGAAUUUUAGGGUUUUUCGAGUAGAAAAAUUCAGAUUCGAGAAGUUACAAGCCAAAUUAGACAAAAUGGUUUGGAUAUUAUUGAUCCUCGUCUCAAGACGAAGAGAAUGACAUUGGUUCCGCCGGAAUUGGAAAAAGUUCAUUUUCCGACGACUUUGACCGGCGGGCGGCGGCGGCGGGGUCUGGAAGAAAAGAAAAGAAGAAAUGGCGU